CUUUCGCGUUCAAAUGCGUUUCUCUCUCUAAGGACCUCUUCUCUCUCUUCCUGUCGAAGCGUCUUCGUCUUUCUGCUUCAUUGUCUUUAUUUAUCUCUGUGUCUCUCUUUCUCUCUCUAUACGUAUACAUAUUAUAUAUAUAUAUAUAUAGUUCCAAUUUGGUUGUGGAGUUCUGAGAUAGAUCUUUCCAUUUUCGGUAACUGUAUUGAAUUGGAUCUCUCUGUAUCUAUAUAUAUAAAUUUGUGUAGAUCCGAAUAAGAAUGGACAAGGCGGAAAUUGAGGGCUCCGAAGACAAUGCAGUUCCGUCAAGGAAAGGCCGAGGUCGCAAGUACAGCCCAGUUGUUGCACACGACAACGAUCGUGCUGUUCUCGAGAUGUCUUCUUUGGAUCCUGAAUCUUCCUCUGCACCAUUUCCCCCCAAUGUGAAAAUUAAAGUGGGCACACAGCCGAAAAUGUCUUCUGAUGCAAGAGAAGGGUCAUUGCCUACUCAUGGAGUCAAUGGUUCCCAGAGGGAGUCUAAACUGGAAUUGUUUGGUUUUGAUUCUCUCGUUAAUAUUUUAGGCCUUAAGAGUAUGACAGGGGAACAAAUUCCAGCACCUUCUAGUCCCAGAGAUGGUGAGGAUGUUUCUAUCACUCUUGAGCGUCCGAAGAAUACUGGUGUCAAACUGGGGACAAUGAUGGGAGUGUUUGUGCCAUGUUUGCAGAACAUUUUGGGGAUCAUCUACUAUAUCCGAUUUACUUGGAUUGUCGGAAUGGCUGGCAUAGGCGGGUCACUAAUGUUAAUCUCCUUCUGUGGUUUGUGUACUUUCUUGACUACAAUAUCAUUGAGCGCUAUUGCAACUAAUGGCGCAAUGAAGGGUGGGGGACCUUAUUAUCUUAUUGGUCGUGCCCUGGGACCGGAGGUUGGAGUCAGCAUUGGACUAUGUUUUUUCCUUGGGAAUGCAGUUGCUGGAUCUCUUUAUGUCUUGGGAGCUGUGGAGACCUUUUUAAAAGCUGUGCCGGUUGCAGGGAUUUUCAGAGAGACUGUCACAAAGGUCAAUGGCACGAAAGUGGCAGAGCCCAUUUCAACCCCGAAUUUACAUGAUCUGCAGAUUUAUGGGAUCGUUGUGACCAUCAUUCUUUGUUUUAUUGUGUUUGGUGGUGUGAAAAUGAUCAAUCGAGUAGCACCUGCCUUUCUUAUACCUGUUCUAUUCUCGGUGUUUUGCAUAUUUAUUGGGAUAGCUUUGGCAAGGAAGGAUCAUCCAGCAACUGGAAUCACGGGCUUGAGUCUGGAAACCUUCAAAGAUAACUGGAGUUCAGAUUAUCAAAUGACUAAUAAUGCUGGAAUACCUGAUCCCAAGGGAAAAAUUUACUGGGAUUUUAAUGCAUUGGUCGGUCUCUUUUUCCCUGCGGUAACUGGAAUUAUGGCUGGUUCAAAUCGAUCUGCAUCACUAAAAGACACUCAGCGUUCUAUUCCUGUUGGAACACUGGCUGCUACUCUCGCGACUUCUUUACUGUAUCUAAUUUCUGCAGUACUAUUUGGAGCUCUUGCAACCAGACAGAAACUUUUGACAGACAGGCUUCUUACAGCCACGAUUGCUUGGCCUUUUCCAGCAAUCAUUUACGUUGGAAUCAUCCUUUCAACCUUAGGAGCAGCUCUCCAGAGCCUGACAGGUGCCCCACGACUGCUUGCAGCAAUAGCCAAUGAUGACAUCCUACCUGUUCUUAACUACUUCAAGGUUGCAGAUGGGUGUGAGCCUAACAUUGCUACCCUCUUUACUGCCUUCAUCUGUAUUGGUUGUGUCAUAAUUGGGAAUCUGGAUCUUAUAACACCAACCAUAACUAUGUUUUUCCUUCUGUGUUACUCGGGUGUGAACUUGUCUUGCUUCCUUCUGGAUCUUUUAGAUGCUCCCAGUUGGCGUCCUCGGUGGAAAUUUCACCACUGGAGCCUCUCCCUUCUCGGGGCCUCACUUUGUAUCGUGAUCAUGUUCUUGAUUUCCUGGUCGUUCACUGUGGUGUCUCUUGCCCUGGCAAGCCUCAUAUAUUAUUACGUGAGCAUUAAGGGUAAAGCUGGGGAUUGGGGUGAUGGUUUCAAGAGUGCAUAUUUUCAACUAGCUCUCCGCAGUCUUCGAUCUUUAGGAGCAAACCAAGUUCACCCAAAGAAUUGGUACCCUAUCCCCCUCGUAUUUUGCCGACCAUGGGGCAAACUGCCAGAGAAUGUACCUUGCCAUCCCAAACUCGCUGACUUUGCCAACUGCAUGAAGAAAAAAGGCCGAGGAAUGUCUAUCUUUGUCUCUAUUCUAGAUGGAGAAUAUCACGAGUGCGCUGAAGAUGCCAAGGCUGCCUGUAAGCAGCUAAGUGCCUACAUUGACUACAAGCGCUGUGAAGGUGUAGCAGAGAUAGUUGUCGCCCCCAGCAUGUCAGCUGGUUUCCAAGGCAUUGUCCAAACUAUGGGCCUUGGUAAUCUCAAGCCCAACAUUGUGGUGAUGAGGUACCCUGAAAUCUGGCGUCGCGAAAACCUGACUGAAAUCCCAAUUACAUUUGUUGGAAUAAUUAAUGACUGCAUUGUUGCGAAUAAGGCUGUUGUUAUUGUCAAGGGCCUUGACGAAUGGCCUAAUGAGUAUCAGAGGCAGUUUGGUACAAUCGAUUUGUACUGGAUUGUGAGAGAUGGCGGUCUCAUGCUUCUCCUCUCUCAGCUCCUCCUAACCAAAGAGAGCUUCGAGAGCUGUAAGAUUCAGGUCUUCUGCAUUGCAGAGGAGGAUUCUAAUGCAGAGGAGCUUAAGGCUGACGUGAAGAAGUUCCUAUACGAUCUUCGGAUGCAAGCAGAAGUGAUUGUUGUAACAAUGAAAUCAUGGGACGUCCAAGUGGAGGAUGGACCCCAGAAAGAUGAAUCAGCAGCGGCAUUCACUGGUGCUCAGCGGCGAAUUGGUAGUUACUUGGCAGAAAUGAAAGAGAAUGCUCAGACGGAAGGGACGCCAUUGAUGGCCGAUGGGAAACCUGUGGCUGUCAAUGAGCAGCAGGUGGAGAAGUUCCUUUACACGACGCUGAAGCUGAAUUCAAUGAUACUCAGCCACUCUAGAAUGGCUGCAGUAGUGCUUGUGAGUUUACCACCACCACCUCUCAACCACCCAGCAUACUUCUACAUGGAAUACAUGGAUCUACUGGUUGAAAAUGUGCCUAGGCUUUUAAUGGUACGGGGAUAUCGCAGAGAUGUUGUCACUUUGUUCACGUAGUAGCUGCUCGUAGAUUGGAUCCUCAGAUGGUAAUUGAUGAAAUUCUCAUUUUUCAUGUUCAUAUGUUUCUUUACCCCACUCUUUGUUCAAAAAUGCCUGUAGAUUAUAUAUUUGAUUCAUUCUUUUACCACCAUUGUUACAGAAAUUUUUUUGUUCAUUACAUGCUAGAUUUAAUAUAUAUAUAUUUUUUAUAGUUGUCAUUAAAAACUUGAAAGAUAUGAAGAUGAGCGCUGUUCAGUUUA